AUGUCCAAGAAGAUCAUCACCGUGUUCGGCGCCACGGGCGCUCAGGGCGGCAGCGUCGUCAACAUCUUCCUGAACGACGCCAAGCUCAGCAAGGACUGGCAGGUCCGCGGCGUCACCCGCGAUACCACCAAGGACUCGUCCAAGGCUCUCGCGGCCAAGGGUGUCGAGGUUGUCGCUGCCGAUCUCGGUGACAAGGCUUCGCUGGCUGCCGCCGUCAAAGGCGCAUCGGCCGUCUUCGCCGUAACGAACUACUGGGACAAGCUGGACAAGGAGCUGGAGAUCCAGCAGGGCAAGAACAUUGCCGACGCGUCUCUGGAGGCUGGUGUCGAGCACUUCAUCUUCAGCUCCCUCCUCGACAUCAACAAGCUGUCCAAGGGCGUCCUCCCCGACGUGUACCACUUUGACAGCAAGGCCGCCGUCGAAGAGUACAUCCGCACAACCUCCCUCCCGUCAACCUUCUUCCUCCCAGGCUUCUACAUGGCCAACCUCCCCGGCGGCAUGUUCCGCCAGACGCCCCCCGACAACGCCUGGGGCCUCAGCCUCCCCGUGCCGGCCAGCGCGCCCAUCCCCCUCUUUGACGCGUCGGCCGACACGGGCAAGUUUGUAAAGGGCAUCGUGCUGCACCGCGAAAAGGUGCUCGGCAAGCGGGUGUACGCGGCGACGGGCUACACGACGGCGGGCGAGGCGGUCGAGACGUUCAAGAAGGUGUACCCCGAGGCGGGCAAGACGGCGCGGUUCAACGAGCUCACGCACGAGCAGUUCAAGGGCGCGCUCAAGGGCCAGGGGAUGCCGGAUUUCGUGGCCGAGGAGAUGUUGCAGAACAUGAGGCUGCUCGACGAGUUUGGGUACUAUGGUGGGGAGAAGCUCGGGGAGUCGCACGCGAUUGUCGAGGAUAAGUUGACCACGUGGGAGGAACAUGUGAAGAAUGCCAAGGCCUUUUCCGGGCUGGCGUAG